AUGAAUUAUACUACUGCAAAUAGUAAUCAUCAUAAAAAGAACUCAUCUUCUACAUGGUUAAUAAACUGGUUUUCACAUUUAACAAAGUCACCUGAAGAGUCAGCAAAAUCAGUUAUUUUACCAUGGAAAAAAGAAAAUAAUAUAAAGACUUCUUCUAUAUUAAUGUCAAAGCCAUCAUCUAUCGUCACUACUACUUUAGAUAAUCGACCCUCUAGUAUAAAUAAUCUCAUUUCUUCAGAAAGAAGGAAUUCACAACAAAGUAGUAACAGUCACUGUUCAUCUAUCGUGGAUGAUCAAUAUUCAACUAAGGCUACAUCCUAUUAUCAAAGACGUGAUAGUUCUGAAAGAUCUCUGUUAUCUGAACUUUGGUCUAAAGCAAAGAAAAGACAUCCAAAUUAUCCAAGAUUUCAUUGGCCACAUCAUCAUCGUCGUAGUAGUCAAACUACACUACUAACACCCUCUUCUCAACAACAACUCUUAACCGUCUCUCACUUGGAUGAUUCAACCAAUUAUUUCCCAAGAAGACAUUUAAAACGUCAUUCAGUGAGUUCCUUUAUGCAACAUCCAUCAUCGACCGACACUACUCCACCCAGUUCUCUUCUUAAUCAUUCUCGACCUGAUUCACCUUCCGUUAAUAUAAACCAACAAGAUUGGCUAUCCUUUUUUAACACUAAUCAAGAAGACUAUUGUUGUUGUUGUUGUAGUAAUAAGAAAGAAGAGGAAGAAGAGAAGGAAGAAGAAGAAAGGCAGCGUUGGAUAAUACAGCAUGAAUUAACAAAGCUUGCUGUUGACGGGCUAUUUUCUAUUCCUGAAAUGGUUACACUCUCUUCCUCUAUUGAAAAGCAUGUGCUACAAAUCGGUUGUGGUGAUGCAGCUUGGGGUCUUGAAUUGGCUUCUCACUAUUCAAAAUGGACUGUGAUAGGCUUAGAUCAUCAAAGUCAUGAAGAAAAUAGUAGUCAUUUAUUAUUCUAUAAUAAACAACAACAUCCUCCUAUAUUACCAAGAAAUUUCAAGUGGAUUCAUUAUUCACAUUCACUUUUACAAGGAUUAAAAAAGAUACCAGAUAUGACCUUUGAUUUUAUUACAAGUCGUUUUUCAAUCCUCUGUCACUCAUUUGAACAUUACCAAGCGUUAAUAACUGAAUGUUUAAGGAUAUGUAAACCAGGUGGUUAUAUUGAAGUCAUGGAAAUAGAUAUGAGAAUUUAUUAUCAAAGAUUACUAUCUGCUUCAAUUACUCAGCAACUAAAUAAUGAAGUUAUCAGCAUCAUUGAAUCGAAAUUAUUAGAUCCAAGAUUAGCACGUCGAUUACCUGAUCUCAUCAGGGAUAAUGUAUUACCAUUAUUAACAACAAUAGAGGUCAAAUAUAUUUCUUUGCCUUUAGGUGUCUGGGGUGGAAGGUUAGGUGUCAUGUUUCGUGAUGAUAUUCAUACUCUUAUUGAACUAUAUCAAAUGGACAUGGCUGAAUUAAAUAAAAACUCAUAUCAAACAGAAGAACAACUUGAAAAGAAAUUGGAAUUAAUGGAUAAUGAAUUAGAAACAAAUCGUGCAUUUAUGAAUUUACAUUUAAUGAUGAUUCAAAAAUAA